AUGCCAACAGCGGGCCUCAAGACGAUAAUCGCCCUCUCCUUCGUGCUGGCCGUCGGCUUCCUGCUCGUCAUCCUGUCGUGCGCCCUCUGGCACUCGUACUACCCGCUUCUCGUCGUUGCCACUUACGUGCUCGCCCCCGUGCCCAACUGGAUAUGCGGCCACUGCGCGAACCCGGACGACUUUGUCGAGAGCUCGGGCGCUGCCGUGCUUGAUCUGGGCCGGUUCUGCACCGGUUUCCUGGUCGUCAUGGGCAUCGCAUUGCCCGUCUUGCUCGCGCACUCCAACCUGAUUUCCACCCCGGCCAUGGUCAUGUCCAUUGUGGGCGGGUUGUUGAUUUACGGAACCAUUAUUAGCUUUGCUAUGUUCUUUCAAGAAGAACAAGAGUUUUAG